UUACGCACAGCAACGAUAGGCCAGUGGUGUAUUAUAUACUAUAGACGUAUUGUAAAGAUUUUGCUUUUGAUUUGCCGUGCGUGACUGCUCUUGUAGGAUAAUAUGAUCCAGGAUUUCGCUCAGUAACUUUAAAAAUCUCUGCUCUCCGUGAUUAGAAAUCGAACACUUCUCAACUGAACAUUUUGUUCUGUUUUAGAAAAAUAAUAUUCCGCCCGCUUCUGAUUUGGUUUCACCUCUAGGAUGUGGUGCAGCCCAUGUGCGCCCCUCUGCUCCUCCUUAUGUAGUAUACAGCGGGACACUCCGCAGUUCGCUUAUCCCGUUCCUUCUCGUUGCCUUUUACGCGCUCUACGUCUGCAGUUACAGUGAUUCAGAGCCCCUGUCUUCAAGCUUUUGGAUGAAGGCGCGGGACUCAUUUCCUCGGCGUUCCCAUGGCGAAACGACACUGUCCGUUCUCCCGAUGAACAUUUUCAGAGGAAGACGUUGACGCUUUUUUCUUCUCUUUUCGACUCAUUUUCACACAAAAUGUGGGGCGCGCGUUCUCUGCGCGGCGGAGUGCUUCCUACAGCAAUAGCCGCUUGACUGAAGGGGAGAUCCCGGCUCCCUUUUCGUCCUCUGCUCCCUCAGGAACAAGAGGAGUUUGCAUGCAAACGGUGGUUUGUCAAGGCAAGCCAUGGAGGGACUUGCCUAAAGACGAGCCAACAUAACCGACAUAAGAGCUUUAAAUUAUUUUCCCAUAUUUCGGGGGGGUGAGGAGGUCAGUGUAACAUCUUCCCAGAAGUCUCUUUUUCCAUCACCAUGGCUGAGAAACUCGGACCAAUCGGAGUUAAGCCCAUCAACAUCCGAACUGCUCCCUCGCUUCCCCCUGAGCCCAUCGACAUAAUCCGCACCAAAGCCCGCUCCCGCAGAGUCCGCCUUAACGUCGGGGGUCUGAACCAUGAAGUCCUGUGGCGGACCCUGGAUCGGCUACCCAGGACCCGCCUUGGCAAGCUUCGAGAGUGCAACAGCCACGAGUCCCUGAUGGAAAUCUGUGAUGACUACAGCCUGAACGAGAAUGAAUACUUCUUUGAUCGGCACCCGGGGGCCUUCACCUCCAUUUUGAACUUUUACCGCACAGGCAAGUUGCACAUGAUGGAGGAGAUGUGCGCCCUGUCGUUUGGCCAGGAGUUAGACUACUGGGGUAUUGAUGAGAUCUACCUGGAGUCUUGCUGCCAGGCCCGUUACCACCAGAAAAAAGAGCAGAUGAAUGAGGAACUGCGGAGGGAGGCAGAGACAAUGAGGGAGAGGGAGGGAGAGGGAGAGUUUGAUAACACCUGCUGCCCGGACAAGAGGAAGAAACUGUGGGAUCUCCUGGAGAAACCCAACUCCUCAGUGGCUGCCAAGAUUCUAGCCAUCAUAUCAAUACUGUUUAUCGUCCUCUCCACCAUCGCACUUUCUCUCAACACUUUACCAGAGCUCCAGCACAAAGAUGAGUUUGGCCAGUUCAAUGAUAACCCCAACUUGGCCCAUGUGGAGGCCGUGUGUAUUGCCUGGUUCACCAUGGAGUACCUCCUUCGCUUCCUGUCUUCUCCGAAUAAGUGGAAAUUCUUCAAAGGCCCACUUAAUGUUAUUGACUUGCUGGCCAUUUUGCCCUACUAUGUCACCAUAUUCCUAACAGAGUCGAAUAGGAGCGUGCUGCAGUUCCAAAAUGUACGUCGUGUGGUGCAGAUAUUCAGAAUCAUGAGAAUACUGAGGAUCCUGAAGUUAGCCAGGCACUCCACGGGGCUCCAGUCUUUAGGAUUUACUUUGAGAAGGAGCUACAACGAACUGGGGCUACUUAUCUUAUUUCUUGCCAUGGGCAUCAUGAUAUUUUCCAGCUUGGUCUUCUUUGCUGAAAAAGAUGAAGAUGCCACCAAAUUCACCAGUAUUCCUGCCUCAUUCUGGUGGGCCACCAUUACAAUGACUACAGUGGGCUAUGGUGACAUUUACCCACAGACGUUGCUUGGAAAGAUUGUAGGUGGACUGUGUUGCAUUGCAGGUGUGCUUGUCAUUGCCCUACCAAUCCCCAUCAUUGUAAACAACUUCUCUGAGUUCUACAAAGAGCAGAAGAGGCAGGAGAAAGCCAUCAAGAGAAGGGAGGCUCUGGAGAGAGCCAAAAGGAAUGGUAGCAUUGUGUCAAUGAACCUAAAAGAUGCCUUUGCUCGUAGUAUGGAACUGAUGGAUGUAGCGGUAGAUAAAGGAGAAAACAAGACGCCUCUUGACAACCAUCUGUCGCCUAGCCGCUGGGGCAGCCAUACCAGGCAUGCCUCUUCUGAAACCCAUCUGAAAUCACCUGACAAAAGAAACCCAGAGUUUCUGCCGGAAAGUUCUCCCCAUCACAUAACCAUCACCACAACUGGAAGUCCACAGCGGACAAGCAGGACCCCACAGCACCUUAGUGCUCAAACACUGGAGGAGAUGUACAGUCAAAUAACCAAGUCACAGUCCUUCAGCAAUCUCAACACUACAAGCUCCAUGAGCACUCUGAGCACAACUAUGACUGCCCCGGCAUCACCGAAGAAAUCCCAUAGCCCUGAAUUUGCAUUGAAAGCGGAGGUGGGGAUGGAGAUGAAGGAAGUCCAGCCCUCCUUGCCAGAAAACUUUGGAAGCUGUUCAGCGGGCAUCGAAAAACAGGGCUCAAACUCAGGCGAGGAGGAUGCUAGAUCAUGUCAGAUCAGACACCCCAGGGCCCCGCCACCUCUGAAUCUUAGCUUACUGAGGCCCAGUGAUGACCAGAGGUUUCUUAAAGAUGGUCUCUAUGAGUCUGUCAACCCAAGUGAUGGAUCAGAGCUCUACAUAGAUGAAGGGGAAAGCUUUAACAGUGCUGUGGAGAAUAUCCAGGGCUCUCCAAGACGGAUUAAUCCUCUAAAAAUAAAAGGGUUGAAGGUCAAUUACACAAAGACCUCUGCUGAAGGCCCUCUGACACCACCCAGUACUACUUCUCCUGGAGACAUCAGCUCCAGCAUCCUGGAAGAUGAGUCUCCAGUGGGAGAGACAUCACCACUCAUCCCUAGUUCAGAGGGGCUUCUUCCAGUCACAAUGGAAGACGUCUGCCCUCUGGCCCCUAAGAGGCUGGUGGUGGACACCCCACCAGGGGAUGAAGAUCCACAAUCCACAGAGAAUCAUGAGGAGAAGCACCUGAUGGAGGUGGCGGGAGCAGCGGUUGCACCAUUGUCACCCAAGACAGCAGCACAAAAUAGCACCCAAGGUGUGGUUGGGGCAGGCGAGGAGGUUAAGCCUGACAGCAACCAAAGUGGACACAAAGUAGAGAACCACAUGUUUACAUCCGAUAUCCACCUGAUACCCGGGGAUGGCAGCCUCUCUCCAACGUGUGAAACCAGCAUGUGAAUGUAAGGGACAUUUGAGGGACAACAGACCUAGUACAACCUCAGCCUGAAGUUUGGGAGAGCAGGGAGGAAAGUCAAGGGUGCAGCGGUGGCGAAAGAUCUUUUUGCAUGGCAUGACAAGUCUCUUAUACUUGUGUUGUUGUUGAAUUGCAGAAAAAGAAACUGCAGUGCUUUGUGCAGAUCCUGGGAAAACAGUGGGCUCAAAGAGGACACUUUUGAGAAACAGAGAAUUCAUCAAAUCACGUACACGCAGGUCCUCCAGAUGUACAUAACGUCUCCUUUUCUAGCAAAAGAAGGAAAUGCACAGAGGAACUGUAAAAGCAUGCUUUUUAAAAAAAAAAUCAAAGGACAGAUAUUUUACGGUGCUUAGUUUGCUGAAAGCGCUCCACUGUAAAUACUAGGACAUCUAAGGCAAUGACAAUGCACAAGAUGGCAAGGGAAGACAGUCACUGAGGGUACUAAUAUUUGUAAUGUGAAAAAGAAGGGGUAGGGGUUUGGAUAGACAGCCCUCAGAUUGGGUGUUGCAUCGUAGCGACCUAUAAAAAAAAGAAACAUAUCAUUACCUUUUGUGGCAAUGCAAAGUGUUCUCAUGAUGGCCCUGUUUCUUUGUUUUGUUUCGUUUUUGUUUUGUUUAGUUGGUUUUUUCUCGUGAAUAACAGAUGAAACUGUAACGUUGAGAUUAAUAUAUUUGUCUUUCAUAGAAGCUGUUGAACUUUCAGUUUGAGCAUCUUUGAAUUCAUGAAUGUGGGAAAGAAGGAUAAAAGCACCUUGAAUUCUCUCUAAAAAAAAAUAAAAAAAAACCACCUGUAGUUGCCAAGUAUUUAUCAAACCAGUAAGAAGAUGAACUAUCAGACACUAAAGCUACUGACAAUAUUUAUCAUGCAGUUUCAGGCGUUAGGUCGAGAUUUAAGAUGCUCCUCGUUCAGCCUUUUGAUUCCAUCCAAAUCAGAGGAAAUGAUCUUAUUUACUCUCUAACAUCAAUUAUAUAAAUAAAUAUAUCUAUCUAUCUAAAAGUAGUUUUAAGAAUGAAACGUGAUAAGUAGGGCUAGAUUGGUUGUAGAAAAAGUCUACAAAUGUAGGUGAGACUCCAUUUAAAUAACAACAAAAAAAGAGGUAAGACUUAUUAUUCACCAAGGUAGAUUUGGUCAUUAACACAGAUAUAUGCGUUACACUAUCAUUAUCUAUUUUGGCUUUUUAAAAGGGGUAGAUUACAACAACAAAAAAUGACAGUAUUCCUUCUGAUAUCAAUGGACCAAAUCAAGCACACUGACAAGCUUUCUUCUAUCUCGAAUGCAUUAUAAUAUAUAUGGUAAUAACAUGUAUUUUGACAGUAGGUAUGCUUUUGGAGUUUUUUUUCAUUAUAGUUUGUUUACCUGCAUUGUGUUCAUUGGCCUAUCCUCAGCAGCCUCAUGUCAAUGUUGACCUUUGUUCCAUACUACUGCAACUUUACCCAAUCCUGCUGAUAAUUUUAAGGCAUUUUUUUGUAUAUCUGUGGUGUCUCGGACUGUAAUUUAUCGUGUUUUAUUGUGAACAAUUUUCAGUGAAACUUAAACCCAAAGGAUUUUUUUUUCUCUCGUCGUCUCUCUUGCUUUUGUUUUACACUGACUGAAAAUAUAUCUGUUCUACGUUGCCUUUGAUUCCAAUUUAUUGCUGGAAUAUUUGUUUAUUUCUUUCAGCGUGACACAUGUCGGCGUAGACUAGCGAGGUGUUUGUGAAAGCCACACAAACCGGAAUGGCAAUGAUAGGAAGGAAUGUGGGUGAAUUACUUUGUUGUUUUCUUUCUUGUUAUCGUUCUUUUUCGCUAAUCAUAUUUUGGUUGUUUGUUUGUUUUACUGAAAGGUGUGGAAUGUGCAAUACCGCAUACUGCAAUCUAUGCAGGCCAAGAAUUGUGGCACUUUAUUUUAUGUCUAUGGGAAUUUGUAAGUGUACAGGCAAAAUUUACUUGUAUUUUUCAGAUGUUAUAUCUUUAAUAUGAGGCAAAAAGAGUAUUACGACUACUAGGAUCUCACAAACAAUGCAAAUGAGAAUCUGACUUUUACUUUUUCAUAUUGCGUGACUGGCAAAAUGCUGUUGAGCACCUUAAAGCCAGGUAUUAAUGGACCUCAAAUUUGAUUAUCUGUCAGAAUAAGAAUCCAAAUUGACCACCAGGGCCUUUUAUACUGCUGUUAGAUUUACAUAAAAAAAUCUAGCAAAUGUGUGGAAGAUAUUAACAUUAACUAAUUUUAAUGGCCACAAACAAACAAUUUUCUGUUUUUUGUGAAUUAUCGUGGAGAAUGAGUCUAUUUUUUCUAAACCAAAAUGGAGCACGACCACAAUUUCCUGCCAUAUGGUGGUUGAAAUGAUGCGUGCCUUUUCAUAACACGGCUGUUUAUGAGAAGGUAGCGAGUCAUUUUGCUUUGUUCAUAUAGCACUGUACAGAAAAAAAUUCUAAUUUUAUAGGAAAAAUCAGGUCUUUAUGUAAUAGAAACAAGUAAUGAUAUUGAGUUCUCAGGUUUUCUAUAACUCUCUGAUGUUCUGAUUGGAUAGAUUAUCUGUUUUGUUUUGUUUUUCUUGAACAGCUAAUGUCAGCUAGCUGCUUCUGUACUUUUUGAGAAGUGUUGUUGUCAAAAUCCACUUCGAUGUCUUGGCUUCCAGAACAGGGAGCUGCAAUAUUUCUCCCUUCUUCUGAGUAAUGUGUGUACCACAUUCAGUAUCCACUCCCAUCAGUCUUCGGAGAGGCAGGAAGAAGUACAAACAAAGGGAUGGACAUCUGACCAUUAAGGGAGGCGAAGAGGGAGCGCGGCUACAGCCAGGAAGAGAUCCCUGCUGUCUCUGAGCUGAUCCAUCUGAUUAUUUCCCAUGCUGACACCAGUGAGUGCUCCGGGCCCUCCGGCUUCAGAAGCUCUAACCCCAUGGCAUGCCCUCAGGAAUAGCUAUGAGUGGGUAAAAACAAGGCGAGGACAAGAAAAGAAAUGGUUCUCCCAAAUGGUUACAUUGUGUCAGUUGUGGUCCAUAUUUUCUUUCUUUUGUCUGUGUACAUACGAUUUGCCCAAAGUAGCAUAUUCUGACUCAGUGUUCAGAGAUUCAUGUGAGACCUCAUGGAGUUACCUUUGUGAUAUUACCAAUCCCUCAUCAGAAACUCAGAUUCUUUGGUACUCUCUGAAGUAAAAUGCGGGGUCAGCGGUGGUCUUCGUUUGAAUUUUCAUCUCUUUUUUUUCUUUAUAAUAAAGGGAGGUUAGAUCAUAACCUUCUUGUUUGUAAGCUUGUACUUUUUUUCUGUACUCCAAUUAAUCCUUCAUCCCUUGUUUGUAGUAAUCAUGUCUCUGUGUUAGCCUCGAGUAAUCUUUCAUUUUGACAGGUAGGGUAGAGAAACAAGGGAUUUGGAUUGAUCAGCUAUAUCCCCUCGGGAUAAAGUUUGUGUGGAUACUGCAGCUAAUUCUGUGAACUGACAGCAAAAAGGACUGUGCUCUGUCUUACUGUCUCAUGAUGGCGUAUUCAUCUGUGAUGCUGUACAGAGUAGAAACGUCGUGUCUUUACCCUCUCUGAGAGAAUGGGUAUUGUCCGUGUCACUCAUACCUGCUUACCUUGCUCCUUAAAAUGCAAACAGCAUCAUUGUUAGUCCUUAUAUCUCUGUAUAUUCUGCCUCCUCCAUUGUUUUUUCUGUUCAGCUUUGAGAGAGCAUUAUCAUCAAGACACAUCCUGACCUACAGACUGUUUCUGUACAAAGCAACAUCUUUGUAUGCAUGUAGUAGUCUGAACAAUUAUGUGACCACAGAACACUUUGUUAUGGUAUGUAUGUCAACAUUUGUGUAGAGCAUUGUUCCUCAUUACGUCUAUUAGCAUAUGCAGAAUAACAAAUAAAUGUAUAACUCCUG